AAAUUCCUCUUUGCCCAUGCCGAUACUGAGCGUCACUGGAUUGGUCUAAAUGAUAUUGAAGAUGAAGGUACAUGGACAUGGAUAGAUGGAGCAAACUACAGUGCAUCGGUUCAGUACGUAUGCCUAAUAUAUGAUCUUACGUUUAAAGAGACACUAUAAUUGACAAAACUACGUUAGUUUAAUGAGCAGUUUUUUUGUGUGUGUAGAUCAUGCCUCUGAAGUCUCACUGCUCAGUUAUCAUUUAGGAGUUAAAAUCAUGAAUUCCUAGACACACCUCCCCUGGCUGCGACUCGCACAGCCUGCAUUAAAUAAAAAAAUGUAUUUUGAAUCAGAUGUUAACUUACGUUAAAAGUUUUUAUCUCCUACUCUGUAAAUUGAUCUUUAAUCACAUACAGGAGGCAAUCUAUUGCAUUUUCUGUUUCAUUUAGAAAUUAAUAACAGGAAGCGUUUAGGAAGGCUGUGCAGUUACAUACAGGAAAGUGUGACUAGGACAGCUUAAACAAGGCGAUUUAAGGCCUAAAUGGCAGAGAACUGAGCAUUGAGACUGCAUAGGCAUGAUCUAUACACCAAAACGUCUCAUUAAUCUAAAGUUGUUUUGGUGUCUAUAGUAUUCCUCUAAUAUCAUAUGAAACACAGACUUGCUUUAUAGUACAUUUUUACUAAUAGUUCUCUCCACACCAUGUGGUGUAGACACAUAUCCUACUUAAUUUUAUGCUAGUAGUUCACUAUUAUUUAGGAAGAAGAAACAUUUUUUGAAUCAGAAGACCGUACUUAGCAAUAAUGAGGUGUUAUUAAUAUAAUCAGCAGUUGAGAUUGCAGAUCUCUCUCCACCUGCAUCAUGUUCGGUGUGACACUUAGCACAAUGAUCUCCCCUAGAUAUACUGUGUGUGUAGAGUAAUAAAGUCAUGGCUCCCUGCACCCAUAAAAUCACUGGAAAUGGGCUAAAAGAUUCAUGUUAUCUAACCACUGUAAGUGUGCUAUAAUUGAAAGUAAAUGUCACAAAUGCCCCAUUUACUUGGAGGUAAAAUUUUUGCUUAUAAAAAGGGUGCCUGGGCAAUACUGAGCAAAUUUACAAAGGUCGGACAAGCGCUAAGAGUUCUUAAGGAGGUCAGCUGCAGACAGCAAAUACUUUCAAUACUCCACAAAAUAGACAAGUGUUACAAAAAUAGGUUGUGCCAUAUAAACAUUAAUAAAAUAUAAAAAUAGAAUAAAAAUAGAAUAAAUAAUAAUGGAAUUUUGAGUUUUAAUAAAACUCUUUUGACUUGUGAGUGCAUUUAGUUGGCACUUUAUAUCUGAAAUAUUACACUAUUGCAUUUUAUAUUGUCAUUACAUAUUCUUCAAUGUGAAUCACUACAGUUACCAUAUCCACACUUAUAUAUACCAGUGGAGAUUAUACCACGACACACUGUAAUUACUAGAGAUUGUAUGAAAGCUCUAUAUCACAUGAGUGAGCACUUUCACACUUUGCUGUUUGUUAUUCAGUCACUGUGAUAAAUACUACACUAUCAGUAGCUUUUUUUUUCUCUUUUGCUUUUCUCACAUACCCAGUGAGGAAGAACCAAAGUCCAUAGGGAUCAAGGUCAUUAGAAGAAAGUUUGGGCUAUAUUUAUUAUUAAUACAAAAAAAAGUCCUGCGCUCACUCCCAUCACUCCUGGGUGGCAGCAACGACCACAGUCCACAUCAGCUCCAAUACAUACAGUAAAAAGAAAAGAAAAAGUUUCCUGGGCUCUCUCCUAAAUCCCUAUGUAUAUUUAAACAAAUGGAGGUCAUUUAAUUACUCCAAUGGCCAUUGGAAGGAAUGCCCGCCUGCCAACGUCAAGGCAGACUCCCUUAAAGCGGGUUCUACACUGACCCUUCAGCCUGCUUCCUUGAGCUUCUGGCAAAGAUAUCUCUAAUGAGACAGAAAGGGGUAUUUUUAUAUAUACACCCCUAUAUACUUAUUAACCCUUAAUAGGGAACACAUGGGAUGGGCAGAGGCAUAGAUAAUGUUUCCAGUUCAGCUACUUUGACCUUAAAUUUAAAAUUCAAUCUUACUAUAGUAAAUAAACCUCAGUGUCCCACAUAGUUAACUCUUCAGCUGUCAAUAAAGAUUGUGAUGGAAACUCCGAUGCUCCUGGCACUGGCUCUUCAGAGAGUUCAGAGAAGGGCUACUAAACUGGUUCAUGGAUUGCGGGAUAAAACUUACCAGGAAAGGUUAAAGGAUCUUAACAUGUAUAGCUUGGAGGAAAGACGAGACAGGGGGGAUAUGAUAGAAACAUUUAAAUAUAUAAAGGGAAUCAACACAGUAAAGGAGGAGACUAUUUAAAAGAAGAAAAACUACCACAACAAGAGGACAUAGUCUUAAAUUAGAGGGACAAAGGUUUAAAAAAUAAUAUCAGGAAGUAUUACUUUACUGAGAGGGUAGUGGAUGCAUGGAAUAGCCUUCCAGCUGAAGUGGUAGAGGUUAACACAGUAAAGGAGUUUAAGCAUGCGUGGGAUAGGCAUAAGGCUAUCCUAACUAUAAGAUAAGGCUAGGGACUAAUGAAAGUAUUUAGAAAACUGGGCAGACUAGAUGGGCCGAAUGGUUCUUACCUGCCGUCACAUUCUAUGUUUCUAUGUUUCUUGGAAAGGAUUACAGGCCAGUCUCCUGACUUUUAAAGGGGCUAUUGUUACUGUGAGGAGUGGUAUGGGGGUGCUGGAUGCUUAUUCUGCUUCCUAGCCAGCAUUGAGAACCUCUGGGAAUUGGAUGGACUCAUCCUAUGCAUAGAAACAUAGAAACAUAGAAUGUGACGGCAGAUAAGAACCAUUCGGCCCAUCUAGUCUGCCCAAUUUUCUAAAAACUUUCAUUAGUCCCUAGCCUUAUCUUAUAGUUAAGAUAGCCUUAUGCCUAUCCCAUGCAUGCUUAAACUCCUUUACUGUGUUAACCUCUACCACUUCAGCUGGAAGGCUAUUCCAUGCAUCCACUACCCUCUCAGUAAAGUAAUACUUCCUGAUAUUAUUUUUAAACCUUUGUCCCUCUAAUUUAAGACUAUGUCCUCUUGUUGUGGUAGUUUUUCUUCUUUUAAAUAUAGUCUCCUCCUUUACUGUGUUGAUUCCCUUUAUAUAUUUAAAUGUUUCUAUCAUAUCCCCCCUGUCUCGUCUUUCCUCCAAGCUAUACAUGUUAAGAUCCUUUAACCUUUCCUGGUAAGUUUUAUCCCGCAAUCCAUGAACCAGUUUAGUAGCCCUUCUCUGAACCCUCUCUAAGGUAUCAAUAUCCUUCUGAAGAUACGGUCUCCAGUACUGUGUACAAUACUCCAAGUGAGGUCUCACCAGUGUUCUGUACAAUGGCAUGAGCACUUCCCUCUUUCUACUGCUAAUACCUCUCCCUAUACAACCAAGCAUUCUGCUAGCAUUUCCUGCUGCUCUAUUACAUUGUCUGCCUACCUUUAAGUCAUCAGAAAUAAUCACCCCUAAAUCCCUUUCCUCAUAUGUUGAGGUUAGGACUCUAUCAAAUAUUCUGUACUCUGCCCUUGGGUUUUUACGUCCAAGAUGCAUUAUCUUGCACUUAUCCACAUUAAAUGUCAGUUGCCACAAUUCUGACCAUUUUUCUAGUUUACCUAAAUCAUUUGUCAUUUGGCUUAUCCCUCCUGGAACAUCAACCCUGUUACAUAUCUUAGUAUCAUCAGCAAAAAGACAUACCUUACCAUCAAGACCUUCUGCAAUAUCACUAAUAAAAAUAUUAAAGAGAAUGGGUCCAAGUACAGAUCCCUGAGGUACCCCACUGGUGACAAGUCCAAGCUUUGAAUAUAUUCCAUUAACUACAACCCUCUGUUGCCUGUCACUCAGCCACUGCCUUACCCAUUCAACAAUAUUGGAAUCCAAACUUAAAGAUUGCAGUUUAUUGAUAAGUCCUUCUAUGUGCAACAGUGUCAAAAGCCUUACUGAAAUCUAGGUAAGCAAUGUCUACUGCACCACCCUGAUCUAUAAUUUUAGUUACCCAAUCAAAAAAAUCAAUAAGAUUAGUUUGGCAUGAUCUCCCUGAAGUAAACCCAUGUUGUCUCUGAUCUUGAAAUCCAUGUGUUUUUAGAUGUUCAUCAAUCCUAUCCUUUAACAUGGUUUCCAUCACUUUCCCCACUACUGAAGUAAGGCUUACUGGCCUAUAGUUGCCCGACUCCUCCCUAUUACCUUUCUUGUAAAUGGGCACAACAUUCGCUAACUUCCAAUCUUCUGGGACUACUCCUGUUAACAAUGAUUGGUUAAAUAAAUCUGUUAAUGGUUUUGCUAGUACACCACUAAGCUCUUUUAAUAGCUUUGGGUGUAUUCCAUCAGGUCCCAUUGACUUAUUUGUCUUUACUUUUGACAGUUGAAAUAGAACCUCUUCCUCUGUAAACUCACGUGUAAUAAAUGACUCAUUUAUCCUUUUUCUCAACUGAGGUCCCUUUCCUUCAUUUUCUUCUGUAAAUACAGAACAAAAAUAUUCAUUGAGGCAGUCAGCCUGGCCUUUAUCCUCUUCUACAUACCUUCCUUCUUUUGUUUUUAAUCUAACUAAUCCUUGUUUUACUUUUCUUUUCUCAUUUAUGUAUCUAAAAAAUGUUUUAUCCCCCUUUUUUACUGACUGUGCUAUUUUCUCUUCUGUGUGUGAUUUGGAAGCUCUUAUAACUUGCUUAGCCUCUUUCUGCCUAAUCUUAUAGAUCAUUUUGUCUCCCUCACUCUGGGUUUUUUUAUAAUUCCUAAAUGCUAACUUUUUGUUUUUAACUAUUUUGGCCACAUCUGCGGAGUACCACAAUGGUUUCUUGAAUUUUUUGCUUUUACUGACCAGCCUAAUGCAAUUUUCUGUUGCCUUCAAUAGAGCAACUUUUAAAUAAUCCCAUUUUUCUUGGACUCCAUUUAAAUUGCUCCAGUCUGAUAAUGACUCCUCUACCCAUAUUCUAAUUUUAUUAAAGUCUGUUUUUCUAAAGUCUAAAACGGGGAGAUACCAUGAAUCACUCUGGAACUGUUCACCAGAUUGGUACUAUAACUGUUUCUUCAUAGGAAAGCACAGUCUUUUAUACACAGACCCCCGACAUGAGGUCCCUAUUCAAACCAGGGUAAGCUUGCCCUGGUGCCACUGUGUCUGGGAGAUAAUUGAGUUAGCCCUCGCUUAAGCUAAUUAUAUCCCGGAUACAGAGGACACAACUUAAAAUAACCCCCAAAACACACAAAAACAAGCAGGAACCCCAACACAUCAUAUAUCUCUGGAUAACUCUGAUCUGAGUGCCCGGAUCCAUGGAGAAUAGACUGAUUUCCACCAGGGUAAAGAUUUUACCGGCCGGUAACAAAAUUCAUAACGAACUUAGUUCCAGAGUGAGAAUCUCUUUGUCCGGUCAAUGAAGGGAGCUUCUGUAGACAAACAAAGGGAGGCUCCUCCUGGCUCUCAGGGGGCGAUUGUUCCUUUCUGUCCUUAGUACCUCCCCUCCAAAGAGUGCUUUCCUGGCAGGUCAGGAAGUGGGGUAAUACCAAGGUAAAAGUUGGCAGAGAAACGUGAAGUAGUUCCAUGCGAUUACUACCAGGCCCCACUCGGGACCUCGUGGCUCUCUGGAAUCAAAUGCCUGCCAGGGAGGAGGUGCUCUCGGUUGUUUAGUAUGAAUGGGGAAAACACAGAGCCACGAGUAGUGAAAUAGCUCCUUAAUGAACAGAAGGGAGGAAAAUAAUACACGGUUUGCCACAAUCACCACAUGCGUGGAAUUCCUUGUCCGAUCAGAGAAUAGCCACCACUUUAACAUGCUGUAGCUCGGGCGCAGAUUCUCUGAUUAUGGUGCUAUUUUGACAGUGAGAGUGCGCGGUGACUAGCUAUCCUAUUGUUUUAGCUGAGGCUAACUUAAUUAUGUCCCCAGACAAUUUUGGCACAGGGGAGGGACUAUUCUACUGUACAUCACAUUGUAUGGAGGACCCCUGCAGAGGGAAUCCACACUUCUCCUUAUAAAGAGCUGUGUUGUGUGCAAUAAAGGUAUUUCUACCCCCAACAUUCAGUCUCAACUAAUGUGGGGGACAAAAGCUAUAAUUUUGGCUUUAUUGGAGAGAAGGUCUGCUGAAGAGAGAGAUAUAAUUGCUGCAUAACGUCAUUUGAGUAGUAUUAAAAUGACUAACGGUUUUGUUUACUAAUAUACUAUUAUAAAGAAAUACUGUAUAUCUUCACACUUUUUCUUCUAAAUACGGUAGUGUGAUAAUUGUUUGUCUGUCCUCAAUUUGCAGAUUCUGGAAGAAAGGAGAGCCUAAUGAUUAUGGUAAAAAUGAAGACUGUGCCCUGUUACACACGACUGGAGAAUGGAAUGAUAUGCCUUGCACGUUUACAGACUCGUACGCUAUUUGUGAAAGAAAAUUACU